AUGACCAAACGCCGACAUAGCAGCGACAAGGAGGAGUCCACAGUUGGGAGCAAGAGGUUGCAGCAGGCCAAGGGACUGCGCUCAGACAACAAGGAGGAGAAGCUUCAAGAGCAGAUCAAGGAGGAGAAGCAGGAGCUCAGAAUCAAGGAGGAUAAUCUCCAAGUGAAGGAGGAUAAACUUCAAGAGCAGAUCAAGGAGGAGAAGAAGGAGCUCAGAAUCAAGGAGGAGAAACUUCAAAAGCAGAUCGAGGAGGAGAAGGAGAAGCUCAGAAUCAAAGAGGAGAAGCUUCAAAAGCAGAUCGAGGAGGAGAAGCAGGAGCUCAGAAUCAAGGAGGAGAAGCUUGGAUUGAAGGAGCAGAAUCUUCAAAACCAGAAGGAAGAGGCUAUGCUGAAAUAUUAUGGGCAAGGGGAAGAAAACAAGGAGUACUGGAAGGUUGUCCUGAAGUCGCUUGAGGACCAGCAAAACAGACUAGAAGAGGAGAAGGGAACCCUCAAGAAGGAGAAGGAGAAGUUUGAAUUGAAGGAGGAGAAGCAGGAGCUUGGAAUCAAGGAGGAGAAGCAGGAGCUUGGAAUCAAGGAGGAGAAGGAGAAGCUUGGAAUCAAGGAGGAGAAGGAGAAGCUCAGAAUCAAGGAGGAGAAGGAGAAGCUCAGAAUCAAGGAGGAGAAGCUUGAAUUGAAGGAGCAGAAACGUCAAAACCAGAAGGAAGAGGCUAUGCUGAAAUAUUAUGGGCAAGGGGAAGAAAACAAGGAGUACUGGAAGGUUGUCCUGAAGUCGCUUGAGGACCAGCAAAACAGACUAGAAGAGGAGAAGGGAACCCUCAAGAAGGAGAAGGAGAAGCUUGAAUUGAAGGAGGAGAGGCUUCAAGAGCAGAUCAAGGAGGAGAAGCAGGAGCUUAGAAUCAAGGAGGAGAAGCUUCAAGAGCAGAUCAAGGAGGAGAAGCAGGAGCUCAGAAUCAAGGAGGAGAUGCUUCAAGAGCAGAUCGAGGAGGAGAAGGAGAAGCUUGGAAUCAAGAGGGAGAAGCUUGAAUUGAAGGAGGAAGACAGCAUUUGCUGGACAGAGAUAGCUUGGAAUUGUGAUACAGUUGGGCACAAAGAGGGGGGCAAUCUUUUCUGUCUCGGUGGAUCCUUUGUGGAUCAGUUCAGCUCCGGGCAAGCAAAACAGGAGGUGCUCUACUGCAGGGAAUGCUUCAAUGAGCAGUGGCGUUUCAUCGAGGAGAAGGUGUGCAAGGCCGGGUGUUUGGGUUGGAUCCUGGGCCCUCCAGGAACGGGGAAGACGAUGACAACCAUGUCCUUCCUCCUAUCGCUGAGCAAGGACAAGAAAUGGGGAGUGAUGUGCGUACGGGUGUGGAAGUGGGGUCCAGUCAAAGUCCUACAAGUCGAUCAAGGAGUGUUGAGAGUUGUUGAGAUGACACGCAAUGAGAUUGACAAGGGGCUGAGGAGGAUUCUUCGGGAAUGGACACAGAGCGACAAGAAGUAUCUCGUGUCCCUGGACGGUUAUCAACAGGGGUCACAUGAGUCUGUGCUUACUGAAUGUGUAUUGUGGCUCCACCAGGACCGGGCCAAUCGGCGGGUUGUAAUCACGACAUCGAUGAAUUCUCGAGCAAAGAAAAAACCUGAGCAAGAUAGAAAUGAGAAAGUAGAGGAGCUGAUGGUGUACUCGUGGACACUGGAGGAGUACCUGGAGGCCAUUAGGCACGAGUUGUUCUACGUGAGUGUGGCUGGAGUGAUGGAAUGGAGCUUGGAAUCGAAUGUGACAGAAGCAGAGAAAAGGUCUAGAGAGGUGGAGUCGAAGUUUCAGAUUGUUGGAGGCUCAUGCCGAUAUAUGUUCGAACAUACGACAGAGAAAGCAAUCAACGAUCUUCGUCAAGCGAUGGACAGUGUCGCUGAUUACAAGAAGCUCAUUGACAUGAGCAUGGGCGAUACUUCAGACCAGUUUGUCAAUCGGCUACAGGGGAAGUAUCGCAUGGGAAGCCAAGUGUACUGGACGCCUGUGAGCAGGUUUGUUGCCACGGAGCUAGCACAGAGGCUUGGAGAAUCUUUUGUGAGGGAGAUUGAGGAGCUCUCUGGCAUUGCUGCGAAUCCGACACUUAAGGGUGUGUUGUUUGAGAUGCUGUUCUUUGCUCGGAUAGGACGAGAGCCAGGGCUGCAGGUAUUGCUCAGGUCAGGGAGGGAGUCAGAGCCACCAGGCGUGCCAGAGAAAUGGGACCGCUGGGAAUUGUACGCUGUGAAAGAUCUGGACACAAGCGAAAUCGACGAGGCUCGGAGGAAUGGGAUGACGCGGAUGUGCCUGAAGCCAUUGAAAUGGAAUCAAGGAGGCUACGAUGCAGUGAUCGUGGACUGGAACAAGACGUCGGUGUGUUUCGUGCAAGUGACCAUUGCGGAGACACAUGACCUCAAACUGCGAUACAUGUCUGAGUGCCUGGAUUCUUUGGGCGUUGAGCCAGAGGGGAACUGGGAGGUGAGGAUUGUGUUUAUCGUUAAGAAGGAGAACCUCUACAAGUUCGCAGUGAGACAUGUGGAAAACAAAGACAUACUUUUAAGAAAGUACGGGUGGGCAUACAGCCAGGAGGAGAUUGAUGCUAAUGUUGUCGGGAUGGACUCAGGACCGCGAAGGUAG